AUGCACGAGACAGGGACGAAUUCGUUCAGUCAUCAGUUUGGCAAGCGCGAGAGAGCGAGGAUGUCGGUCGGCGUGCGCUGUUGGGCCCUCUUCACCAUCUCCGUCCCCCUGACGGUCUUCGCGGACGCACAGGCUCUGCGCCAGGAAGGGGGUAUUGCAGGGACGGAAUGUCGGAUCCCGAGCCAAGAGCUCUUGAGCACUGCCCAGAGCAUGACUUCGCAGCUUCUUCAAGGAGUCUGUAACCCGCGGGAACUGGACGACAAGCUUUCGGGCCUGGAGACGAUGGUGAGCGCCCAGAUGAACGUGCUGAAAACGAUGAUCCUGAACAUGGAGGACAAGCUAGGGUCCCAAGAGAUGGCAUUCAAGAGGCAAUAUCGACGGAUUCUGAGCCUUCUGACCGGGAGAACGGAAGCUCCAUUCCAAAAUCUGAGCCAGAGAGGGAACUCGGGAUUCCAUGAUGAGACCGCGCUCCCUCGAGUAUACGGCAGCGACACGCUUCAAGAGGUCUCGGAUUCCUUUCAGUCCAGUAUCAUCGAUCAGCCGAAAAACCUCGAUUCCUACAACAAGGUCUCCGACAGGAGAUACGAAAUCGAGACGCACAAUAAUACCAUCACGACUCUUCGUGGGCAGAGGGUUUUCAGAUUCUAUUGGAACAUCUCGAACAUCGAAUACAAGAUCACUCAUUGGGGCAGCCGCCGUUCCCUCCGGAGCGACAACUUCUACAUUUUCCAGUACGGAUACAACAUGUACAUGAGGAUCUACCCUCGUCAGGAUCGGAAGAACUUCUACAUCCACGUGGGGCUGACCCCGGGGCAAUACGAUCACCUGCUGGACUGGCCCUUCAAGCUGAAGCACUACGUGAGCGUCCUGGAUUUCUCGGAGGAACCGGACGACAUCAGCUCGAGGGUCUGGGACCCCCAGGAGCUCUGCAGCGGGUGGAACUGGCGGCGACCGCAGCAGAGCCAGGACAACUUCGAAUGCGUGGGGCUGGGGUUCCCCGUGGAGCUGCUGCGCUCUCGCAAUUACGUUCGCGGGGACAGCAUCGUCAUUCGGCUCACCGUGUAUCUUGACACCCAGCUGUAGAAUCGGACACUGACGGCUUUUCGUUGCAUGACUCUCGUACUUUCGAAUUUUAUAUCAAUAAAAUGC